AUGGUUGAGUUUUCCCCUGCCUAUUGUGGUGGGACGGAUGCUUCAAAACUAUUCGAGGUUCGUUUACAAUCAGAGGCAUCAAUCAGAGACAACAAUGGGAGGACUAAACGCCUUCUGCCACCGACGAUUCCAACAUUACCUCUUCGGCGCACGAGCCCCCGAAGAGUUGUGAAAACAUACUUCGUGGGGGUUUUCCAGUCCUCAGAGCCCAAAAAAACCCGUGGGACAAAGAAAGUGAUCGAAGGAUCUGAAGAGCAAAGAGACAACACUUGCGAAGAGACAGCCGAAAUUGAGCAUCGAAUCGCAUACCGGGCGGAACGAGCAAGCCGCUAUGCUUCUGAUCGUGCCUUCCCAGUCCUCACGAGCAACGAUAUUCUUCCAGAAUGGCAGGGUCAGAGUGAGACACCCAAAGGCAUUUCCAAGCCGACUCUUGUUUUCCUGCGUCGAAAGAAAACGGUUGAACUUGAUAAAGUAGGUGACAAAAAGGAGCGAACACCAUGGCGGCCAUCUGCUGGCCGCAAAGCUCCUGAACAUCCGGCGUACAUGUCUUCAGCCCCAGGCCCUCAAACAGCGAGGGCACCAAAAAGACCAGUGGCUGACCGCCGAAAGUCCCUAACAACCAAGGAGUUGGAAACUCAUGACAAGCGUGAAGCUGGCAGAAAGCGAGCCUCCGAGCUCAACGAAAGAGUCUUAUCAAAUGUACGCCGGAACAGUACACAAUCUGUAAGUCUGGCGGAAUUCCAUGACAAGAUCCGGAAAGCUGGGGAAGCUAGCAGAGCAAAGGAUGAACCACCAGAGAUUGAAGAUGAGACGGAGAGAGGCACCGGCGAAGGCAGUGAAGACGUGCUCAACAAGUUGCCGCCCUUGAACUUGAGCCGGGUGUCCUUCUAG